AGACACACUUAGCAUGCAUGUAGGCCAGUGUGGCUCGCAGGCCAAACCAAUCAUGUCAGUUGUAUGUCCAUCAUAAAACAUAUGUGUCUAACGUUUUUGACCGGCGUUUCUGUCCAAAAAUAUGCCCAUCGCCAAUCCACGCCAGUGGGAUUCUACUUAAAAUAGAAAUAGAAAGAAGGGCUGUCAGAAAUCCAUCAUGGACCGUAUCAGAGUGGGGAAAGCGACUGUGUUUAUGUGUAGCUGUGGGCUAUAUCUUGUCGAUCUCGCACCGACUGAGAACCAUUCCCACAACACUCACCGUUCUACUUGUUACCGCACUGCACCCUCUACACUGAGAGCGGGACGUGUCAGCUGCAAGGACCGACUGGAUCAGCGGAAACGGAACUUAAGAUUGGAAUGAGUUGAUCUUGGAUUGCAGGGAAUUAUGAAUACGUCGACAUACUUUGAAUCAGAACCAAUACGUAUGGAUCCAGGACAUACACCACAUCGACAUACUCCAGAUGUUCACGGAAUGUCUUCUUCAACAGCAAUACAUCUGAAUACAACCAUUGGUAUACUUUACAACAGCACAGGCAACCUGGGGUUGAAUACAGUUGCAAUGAAUGCUACUGUUGACAUGACACUUGAUAUGGGAUCUCGAGUGACGCUGAUCAUGCUAUAUACCAUCACAAGUGUUGCUGCUGUAAUUGGCAAUACGCUUGCCAUCGUUAUCUUCGUGAAGGGACAUCGAUCUCGAACAGAACUUAGACCUUUCUUGAUAAACCUUGCUGUCGCUGAUCUCAUCAUGGCCAUAAUAUGUAUUCCAUUCACCUUUACGUAUCAAAUUUUGGAGAAAUGGAUAUUUUCUGCUCCCAUGUGUCCAAUUGUGUCCUUCCUUCAACAGAUGGCAGUAACUGCUAGUGUGUCUACGAACAUGGCGGUUGGAGUAGAUCGCUUCUUCGCGAUAACAUACCCUCUGAAGAAGCGAUUGACAACAUCAAGAUCCAAAUUUGUGAUAAUUUUAAUAUGGUUCAUAGCCAUUGCCUUAAACAUUGUUCAGAUUAUUGUUGGGCGGACAUAUGAAGAUACGGACGGUUCUACGCACUGUAAGGAAGAGUGGCCAGAGCCAAGAGAAGCAUGGAUGAAAUCCUACACCUUGUUUAUAAUGUUUCUAACGUAUUUCCUUCCGUUGACAAUAUUGACAGUGACAUAUUCUAUGGUUGGGAGAAUUUUGUGGAGACGCCAUUUGCCAGGUCACACUGACGAAAUGAGGGAUGCCCAGCAACUGAAGUCUAAACGAAAGAUCGUAAAGAUGUUGGUGAUCAUCGUCCUGCUGUUUGGUCUGUGCUGGUUGCCUCUGCACACGUUCUUCCUGUUGGAAUCCUUCAUACCGGAACUGAUGCGGGAGGCGGACAAAAACGCCCUGUACUACGCCUGCCACUGGCUGGCUAUGGCCAACAGUUUUGUUAACCCAGUCAUCUACGGCUUCAUGAACGACAGUUUUAAGGCCGAUCUGAGGACUCUUGUGCAUUCUUGUCCAUGCUGGAAGCAUAAAAUUACGUACCGUCCCGGUGCACGACGCUGGAAACUUGGUAACAACGUCGGUGACAUCGCGUACACUACGGGUGACGUCACAGCUGCCCGAGGCCUACUUACACUCAAGGAUGGUAGAGAUUGUUGGCACAACGGAAAUCUCUAUGAUCAUACAAGUGUCUUGUACCUUACAAAGAGUUGUUAAUGACAUUGACGUUGUGAGCUUCAAACUGGACCUUCCUUAUACGUCGUUGUGUCGUUUCAUCUAUGUGAACAUCCAGUGUUAUAUUUACUUAGAAAGGGGGGUCAUAAGGGUACUGUUAAUGAAAUUACACAAAAUACAGAACCCGUUAAUCAAAUAAUUUUAUUUCAUGCAACAAUGAAUUGAAAAUUACUCAGUUACACACAAUUAAAUUUUCCAACAAGUAUCCCUCAUCUUGAAAUCGAUGUACUGCAGGAUUGGCCGUACUGUAUCAGUUACUUCUAUGUCCCAGACUCACAGCAAAACUAAUCAGAACGCUCACUCUUCAUUCGUGUUAUGAAUCCUACGGGAGUUACAUGGCAUUCACAGCUGAUCACGUCACGAACUAUGAUCGCUUUGUCUCGAGAGCCAGGACCACUUUGAUGUCAGUGAAAGACAGGACCAGACAGAAGACCCGCAAAGUGACUGCUUCCCAACAGACUAAGAGCCAUGAUCUAUAUCACUGAUCAUGUUAUAUUCGCUGUGAUGAAAGACGGAUGGAAGCCUGGUUUGCCAUAGACAUAACGUCAGACAUUUUGUAAACCUUAUAUUAUAUGACGCCUUCAUGUUUUGUAUAGUUUGUGAAUAUUUGUUGUUAUCCCUUCUGGUACGUGGAGGAACCAGUAUUGUGAAGGGAAAAUGUUUUGGCUGAACUCUGUUGGUUCCCUUUGCUCAGUUGUCUGACCAUUUUGAACGGCUUUAGUGACAUUAAAUAUUAUCAAAGAGCCGAGGAGUGUCAAUAUAUGCGAACAGCAACAGUAGUUUUGAAACACUGUUUGUUUGUAGAUACGCAACCUGACUGCUACAUCGAAAAACUAAUCCAGACUACACUUUCGUGUGUUUAGAUUGAUAUAUCACAUAACUGUUUUAGAUUAUUUGAGAGACCGGAAAUGGACGGUGUUUUACAUGUAGUCACUUGGAAGAAUGGAAACAUGUCUAGUGCAAUGUAUAAUAACUGCACUACUGUUGACAAAAGACCUGUGGUGGACAAGCCUGUUCAUUUAUUUUAUAUCGAUAACAAAUUAAGUGAUAUGAAUUCGAGAUAUGUAGAUUAGACAUGAUAAGGAUGAACACCUGACCCUUCUAUGAAUUAGCGGCUUGACAGGUUUGAUUUGUAGUAGAAGUAAUCGCAUUCCUGCUUCUCGAUAUAAUUCAGUUUGGUAGAUGUUAGUUAUGCCAAAGUAGCCGAAAGUGGAGUGUAAAUAACAUGAACGUGGUAUGUUCAAUAUUUGAUGUAUUAUUGUAUUAUUACGUGGCGUCUCAGGAAAAUAAAGCAUGCCACUGUA